AAAAACUGGCAGCACUGUUUUCUAGUGUGCGAACAUCAUUUUUGUAGACGGUCGUAUUAGUGAAUUUCGGCAAAUUUUAAAACUUUCGACUAAUGAAUCGCAUUAAUUUCGGAUUUUAAGUGUGACCUGGCUGUCGGCGGAUAGAGUAACGUCAUCGUUGACCGUGCGGGUUGUUAUCGGAAGUGCCGGAAUAGAAUAGGAGAACGCGUAAUCGUCGAAAUACGAAGUGCCUCUGCUUGCUGCGGAAGAAAGUUAGGGUGCGGAUUGCAUGUCUCAGGUGAUUAGCUACAAGAAAAAUUUUGUCUAAUAUAACGGAAAAUAUCGGCGCUUUAUCUACACGCUCUCAUUGGCGUAAUUACUCCCCUCGAGAAAAUAGUCUCAGUUCGAAGUUGAACGAUGGUAACGACACCCUACAUCAUCAAUGAAAUUUACGACAUCAUUCAGAAGUCGACGGCUUUCGAGUUGACACUGGAAGCUCUGCUGGCGCUCGGCGUAAUAUGGAUAGUGCUGUACAAAAGUGCCGGGAAACGGGGCCGCCGAUUGACGCCGGAGCAAAAGGCUAAACUGAUCGAUGAAUGGACCCCGGAACCAUUAGCUGCCGCCGUUCCGGAAGAUCAUCCGGCACUGCAUACCCACGUGGUGUCGGGGAAGGUGGGCAAAUUUAUCGAGAUCGAUGGGAAGCGCUGUUUGAAUAUGGCCUCGCACAACUAUCUGGGGCUGAUCGAGGACGAUGACAUUCAGCAGGCAGCCAUAACGAGCUUGCGCAAGUAUGGAGUAGGUUCGUGCGGACCACGUGGUUUUUAUGGAACCGUUGACGUCCAUCUAGAUCUGGAGGAAAGGCUGGCUCGAUUCAUGGAGGUCGAGGAAGCGGUUGUUUAUUCGUAUGCUUUCUCAACCAUUGCCAGUGCCAUUCCAGCGUACGCCAAGCGAGGCGACAUCGUUUUUGUAGAUGAAUGUGCCAAUUUUGCAAUCCAAAAAGGUCUUGAUGCGUCUCGCAGCCGAGUGGUUUUCUUCAAACAUAACGAUAUGGCCGACUUGGAAAGAUUGUUAGAAGAACAAGCCGUUCAGGAUAGACGCAACCCCAAGAAGGCCGCCAAAACGAGACGGUUCCUUGUAGUGGAAGCUAUCUAUAUGAACACCGGAGAAAUCUGUCCCCUGCCUCAGUUGGUAGAAUUACGUAAACGAUACAAACUAAGGAUGUUCCUAGACGAAAGCCUCUCCUUUGGGGUACUCGGCAAAAAUGGCCGUGGGUUGAUCGAGCAUUUCAAUGUUGAUAAAAUCGAAGUUGAUCUGCGUUCGGCUGGAUUGGAAUGGGCAGCCGGAACCAUUGGUGGAUUCUGUGCCGGGACAUCCUUUAUUGUGGAGCAUCAGCGUCUGUCCGGGCUGGGCUACUGUUUUUCGGCUUCACUGCCACCCCUUCUGACCCAAGCUGCCAUCAGUGCGCUGGAUCGUUUCGAAAGUGACCCGAAGAUUUUCGAGGAGCUCAGGACGAUAUGCCGGAAAGUUUCACAAAAAUUACCAACGUUAAAAGAUUUUACAUUCCGAGGUGACGCUUUAUCCCCGGUGAAACAUCUUUACCUGAGAAAAGAGCGGGACUAUGCUACGGAAAAACAGUUACUGGAUACCAUUUCUAAAGAGUGCAUCAACAAUGGCCUUGCAGUGAUAUCGUGUGAAUAUUUGGAAAACAUGGAAAAACAACUUGCGCGGUCCAGCAUCCGUUUGACCGUGAACCGUUUGCUGUCCGACGCCGAUAUCGAGGAUGCGUUCCGGAUUCUGAACCAAGCAGCCUCUACUGUUCUGUCCAAAGUUUAAGGCAAACAUGAGAGCUGAGAUCAGGUAAAAGAUUCAUUUCAAAACACUAGUCGAUCCGGUGUUACUGCUGCCUCACGUUCUUUCCCUGUUUUUGCUACUGGUAGCACUUUUCAAAAUUUACAUGUAUUUUACAUCUGGCGGUGAACCAAAAACAUAUGAUUAAUUGAAAAUGUACGAGAUGUAAAAUUUAUCUUAGUUUGAUAAAAGUCAGGAAUAACGGAAACUGCUUUUAAAAAGUAGUUUGCUUCUUCACAACAAACCAAGUAUUUAUCGAUAGGUGUGCAGUACAUAAUGCUAAAGUCAGCGCAUUUUUUCUUAAAACACGAUCAACGAACAACACUAUUAAGCUAUGAAUUGAAUAUUUGACAACAGUUAAUCUUUACCAAGAAGUACAUUCUGCCUUUGCCUCACGGAAAUCAGAUUUCAGAAGGUAUGAGUUAGUUAAAAAUAUUAAUGAAACUUUAAAAAUAAUAAUUUUAGUGUAAGGAAUACAAUUCAAACGAAAAGGGGUGUUCAUUUUUGGGUUCUUCUUAUAAAAUUAUCACACAUUUUCAAUGCCACACGUUAUGACGUGAAGGUGUACAGCAUAGAGCACUCGAUGACCUGUUGUUUAGGUCAGAUUGUAUGGAAACCAAACAAUUAACUAACAUAAGGUAUGACGCACUAUAACGAACUAUUGGAAAAAACACAUUUAAACCAUCUUUAAUGGAUAUAAAUAGCGAUGUAAGUUAA